AUGGCCUCUUACCACCGUGUCCUGGAGGUCUUCGGUCGCUCAAUCGAUCAGAAGUCCCUCGAAUGCGAUUACGAACGAUGGUCAGGAAAGGUCCGGCUGAUAGGUUUCGUGGACUCGUUCUUCCUGAUCUGUUACUCGGGCGUGUCCCGCUUCGAGCAUGGUCUAUUGAUCUACAAGGAACCGACGUACUUCAAAUUCGUCAGUGAGAAGGGCGGCCUCGACUACAACAUCACGACCCUCGGGCAUCCCGUUGGUCUUACGACCCAAUACCCCGCGUCUUCGCUCAAGAAGUAUGACAUCAAGCUGAGAAAGGGGAGAGAUAUAGUCAUGCGGAAACGCAUCCGUCGUGGCGUCACUCAACACAACUUUUUCGGCCUCCUGCACGAUUCCGUCCGGCUCGGUGUUGUCACGCAAGCUGAGUUGAUCGGAACUAUUAUUGGCAAAACUAUCGGUGGGUCGACGUUUGAGGAUGUCGCUGGGAAGUACCUCGAUGCUCUUUCGGGGGCCAAGGGGUCGAGAAACUUGGCCCUGUCUGGAGAGAGGACAUAG